AUGUCCAGAGAAUCAAACCACACACAGCUAAUCUUGACAUCUUCAACUACAUCUUUUCCAACACAGCAAACAUACACAUUCCCAUUCAGAGAACACAGACAUGUUUCCAUGGACACAUACACACAUAGUGUAACAACAUUUGCCUCAGCUCUUUACAACCCUGUCUAUGUAGCCUUUAUAAGCAGGAGCCCAACUUUGUUUUCAGAGUAUGAUUCUAAUGGAAGAACAAUGAACCCUUCGACUUCACAAAGUACACCAACCAUAAACCUGGUAGACCAGAGCACCAGCAGUCAAAGACUACCACUGACACUAGUCCACACUGCACCACCAUGGACAAAAGAGCACAGUAGACAUACAUCUAUAAUGGAGCCCCCCCAGCUAACAUUACACCCACCCGGAGACACAAGAGCACAGCUAAGCCAAUCUGCACAGAAGACUAUGGUUCAGAGGACCACUAUGGGGAAACUAGUGGGACCAGACUCUGUGCUUACUUCCAUAAACCUGGAGCAUCCAGAGAGGCCUGACCCCAUUUAUACAGACACUCAAGCCUCCCACUUGAGCUCUAUUGUUCCAGCUUCUCACUUGUCUUUGCUUAGUACUGUGGGAGUGCCAAAACAGUCCUCCAUUACUUUGUCUAUGAAAAGUAUAUCUGCAUCCCAAAGUAUCUACUCUAUGACGUUACCCCUUGGCCUGCUCCAAUAUUAUUGGAAACCCUUCAACUCCACAGUAUUUACCCUUCAUUAGUAUCAGAGACCCCUAGACUUGAUAGCGUUAUCUCUACAGGGUUACUGGACAAUAUCACUAAACCAUCAAAGGGCACUCCUCAAUCUCCAUGCCCCCUUUCAAUGGGCCAGGGAUCCCAUGACUGCAUCAAGACUAGCUGAGGAUACUGGCUCAGCUCUUCUACCCGACCUCUACUUUGGAAGGCGGGCAGUCAAAGUAUGGCCUAGACUUGUUUGGUGAGUCUUAUUCUUCCAGGCUUCUGUCUGUGACUAACUUGCUCUCCAACCCCUCAUUGACCUGCCCUUUACGAUCUGAGAGGAUUUGGAUAAGUGUACAUAUGUAGAAACUCCAUCUAUCUAGCCCAUCCAAUCAGAUUGUCAAAAGGGCAGAGGGAGGGGAAUGAGUCAGGGAAUUUACUUUUUGUUGAAGGACUUUUAAAGUUUGACACAAAAAUAGAUAAUUGAAAGGACCUGUAUCUGUAUACAUUUUUCCUAGGGAACAACAUGGGCAUCACAGGGAACUACGAAAGAGCCAGAAACUCACUUGUCCGACACAUCCACUCCUCAUCUCCAUCAACUCCUGACUGUCCCAGGCCAAGAUCUGACAAAGAGUCACCUCUCCUUCUGGCUGGCUCUAAACUGGCCGCAACCAGCGACCAAAUCUCUACAGUUUAUACAAGAGAGGUCACUGACCAUGUCUUCACUGACAGAACAGCAGAGGCAAACAUUUAUGCUCUCUUCUCUUGAGACAUCAAUGACCAAGUCUGCAUCAACCUUUGGAGGGAUCAACACUCACACGUACGCCACACUUACCUUCAUUGAUCAUGUUCUUAAAGCUAGAACUGGAUAAGACCAUAUCACAUACCACAUCAUUGCCAUUCGAUCUAAAGAGGUCAAUGACCACAGUUCCACAUUCUGAAAAUGGGAGAUUAGUGAGCACGCCUCAACAGGUUGACCUAAACCGAUUAACAUCGACAUUCAGUAGAGUAACCGGUCGGCAGUUAGGCCUUUGACGAAACUCUUGUUACAACAUACGUUUCCUCACCUCUUUAUCUGUAUGAGGACCUACUCCAAGUACCUUUGACUCAUAGUGGUCAGCUUGUGACCGUCUCAGCAGAUGACCAUAGACCUAAAACCCACCGUGUUCAGACAACUGCAGGGCCACAGGGUGACAGGGCAGGAUCGCAGACAGUUGACCUCAGCCAAAAGACACUGCAUACUGGUGCACGAUCCAUAGCCUCACUAUCACAGGUACCUCUCCUACCGCCAAUAUCGGCUAAGCAAUCCUGGCAAAUGGAGACCAACAUGACUCUGGAGCCUUCCUUGACUCAAAUACCAUUAGCUGCUCCAGCUACAAGUGAACUGUAUUCUCAAAUAACCUCAGUACAAAGGACGGAAUUAUUAGUAAAUUCAGCAGAAUUCACGAUGACGCCAACAGCGGCUGACCUUGAAUCACUCUUUGACAGUUCAUAUAGUAUUCCACAGGCAACUGUAGAGGUCCUGGGGACAACAGCUCACAGCCAGCUCUAUCCCAUAGAACUGUCUGCUGUUCAAGGAGCAUACACAGAAUCCUCCCUGCUUCUGCAGCAGAGUCUGGAUCCCUCUUACCCUCAGUAUACCCAGUCCAUAGCCCAGGAGGAUCCCUCUUACCCUCAGUAUGCCCAGUCCAUAGCCCAGGAGGACACGCUGGGUAUCUCCAUUCAGACUUAUCCCACUGAUUCUCUAGAUUUCCUGUCACAGAGUGCGGAGACAGAACAGACUCCGCUCCCAUCAAAGUUCAGUGAUUUAGAGAUAAGAGAUCACUACUCUGAUCCAGUUUACAUCCAAACUGACACCUCAAGGCAAUUUUCCUCAGAGUCACCCAAGGAUCGUCCGCAAACAGCUGCCAUAACAGAUCAAAAAUCAGAAUACGGCUCUUUGCAGUUUCUCUCCAAGACCAAGCAGCUUGUAACCGCUACACUGUUCUCAUCCCUUCACUCUUCCCAAAGUCUAUCCAGCGUCUCAGUAAUCACACAAACCUCCAGCAUUCCAGCAUCUGUCCUCAGUGCCGUAAACAGGUCAGCUGGUGUCAUCAAUGCACCAAUCACUGCCCAGGACUCAAGGUGUCACAGGCAUGGGCAGACCAAUCACCGUGUCCAGCUACUGCCCUUUGACCUCCCCAUUGAUUAUCAGCACCGGCUGGAGAGAGUAUGACGGAACUUCAAGCAUCUCAUCAGGUCCAGUUGAGAUGCGAGAGGUUUCUUUGGGCCUUGCUCCAACUGGAGUACUUAGAGCAUCUUCCCAGCCCAUGUCUCCUUCAGCUGCCUCCUCAGGUUAGUGUACUACUAACUUUCACAUCACAUUUCACAUGGAUAACUUCCUCUCUGUAUGAACUUUGGCAUGAUGUAACGGUCUUUCUAAAUAUGUACUGAUGUUAUUAGUACAUCUUCCAUUCCAGGGCCCUCCAAUCUCCCUCCCAAAGUGUUGCAGUCCAUCCCACUUCUGGAGGCCACAGUCGGCUUCCCUUUCCACUACACAAUACCAUCAAGGACCUUUCUGGAUCCAGAGGAUGGGGCAGCAGAGUCCCUCUCCCUGGAGCUGAGGUUCAUAGAUGGCCCUCCUGUGACUCUGGGGUCCUGGGUGGCCUUGGAGGGACUUGAGCUGCACGGUGUCCCUCUGGAAGUGGACCUGCAGUUUGCCCCUCAGCAGCUGCUGCUGGCUGCUCGGGACAAUCAGGGCCUGGCUGCCUGGCUCCCCCUCACCUUGGAUCUCCACCGCAGCCAUGCGGAGCCCUGCCACAGCUUUAGCCUCACGGCUCACCGGAGCCUUCACUCCCUCCUCAGCCAGCGCCACAAGGUGGAGCUCCUCCUGGACAAGCUGUCCGGCUUCUUCAAUGACUCCGGCAGCCACCACCUAGCCGUGCUGUCCCUGGCACCUGGAUCCACUAUUAUGUCUUGGUACAACUUCACCCUAUGCCAGGUGGGGGGUGAUGGUGUCGAGGGACGGUGCCCUGUGGGUCGGGUCUGGCGCAUGUGGGAGGAAAUGAGUUCAGAGGCCAGACAGUGUAGCCCUGCGUUCAGCCAGGCAAUGCUCCCAGAGUUCCCCAUCAGCAAGGUAGGCCCUGUGAGCUACAGACAUGACUGUUUCUCCAGCCCGACUACUGCCGCACCUACAGCCUCUAGUCCCACUCUUUCCACCAGUACUCCUAAUCCCACUUCUGACAACACCGUCCCAGCCUCGGAUCCCACCGCUGUGUCAGUGCGACAGACAGACCCCUAUCAUUGGAUGGCCAGUGUGUUGACAGCUCUGCUAGUGGUCUGUUGCCUCUUUCUGGCAGUCACCCUUACAUUUACAAGUUUAUAUUUCUGUAGAAGCCGUGUGAGGAUAAGGACUCUUGCGAUUUGGCCCUCAGAGGGGGUUGUCUCAGGUCACACCAUGGAUCUGAGGGCAAUAAGGCCAAGGAUGCCACCCCUGUUCCAACCAGAAGUACCCACACCUCCCCCCAGGUUGUGGCUGAACGCCUCACCAGCCAGUGGAGAGCAUCUCUCUCCCACAUAUCUCCAGGGCAGACAUCCUUACCAAAGAGCAGUGUCUUUUCACCCACCUCCACGAUACCAGUUCCCACCACAAUACCCACAUAA